CGGCGUUUGAGUGGAGGAAGAUGGCGGCUCCGGGCGGCUCGGGGUCCCGCCAGCUGUGAGGAGCCCCGAGCACCGCUAUCGCGGCCUGACGCAGAGCGCCUCUGCUCUGGCCCUGUCCCUGGCUCCCUCAUUACCUUCGCCAGCGGAGCGAACCCGAGAGCGUGGAGCGGGCUGGGCCAGCUGUUGAGUGGGAUGUCAUGGCCAGCUCCUCAGACAGUGAAGAUGACAGUUUCAUGGCUGUGGACCAGGAAGAAACUGUGCUGGAAGGAACAAUGGAGCAAGAUGAGGAGCCCCACCCAGUAUUGGAGGCUGACGAGACUAGACAUAAUAGGUCCAUGUCGGAGCUGCCAGAAGAGGUUUUGGAGUAUAUCCUGUCCUUUCUGUCACCAUAUCAGGAACACAAAACUGCGGCCCUUGUCUGCAAACAGUGGUAUCGACUUAUCAAAGGUGUAGCCCAUCAAUGUUAUCAUGGUUUCAUGAAGGCUGUCCAGGAAGGAAACAUUCAGUGGGAGAGCCGUACCUAUCCUUAUCCUGGAACCCCAAUCACUCAGCGCUUCUCGCACAGCGCAUGCUAUUAUGAUGCUAAUCAGUCUAUGUAUGUGUUUGGAGGCUGUACCCAGAGCAGCUGCAAUGCUGCUUUCAAUGACCUCUGGAGACUUGACCUAAACAGCAAAGAGUGGAUCCGACCUUUGGCUUCAGGGUCCUAUCCUUCCCCCAAAGCUGGAGCAACUCUGGUCGUGUAUAAGGACUUGCUAGUGCUGUUUGGUGGCUGGACGCGGCCAAGCCCUUAUCCCCUACACCAGCCAGAGAGAUUCUUUGAUGAAAUACACACUUACUCACCCUCUAAAAAUUGGUGGAACUGCAUUGUGACAACCCAUGGGCCACCUCCCAUGGCUGGCCACUCCUCCUGUGUAAUAGAUGAUAAAAUGAUUGUCUUUGGUGGCUCUUUAGGAUCCCGGCAAAUGAGCAAUGAUGUCUGGGUCCUUGACCUCGAGCAGUGGGCGUGGUCCAAGCCGAACAUCUCCGGCCCCAGUCCUCAUCCUCGAGGUGGCCAAUCUCAGAUUGUCAUAGAUGAUGCAACUAUCUUAAUCCUCGGAGGGUGUGGCGGUCCCAAUGCUCUGUUCAAGGAUGCUUGGUUGUUGCACAUGCAUUCUGGUCCUUGGGCCUGGCAGCCACUCAAGGUAGAAAAUGAAGAGCAUGGGGCCCCAGAACUGUGGUGUCAUCCAGCAUGCCGGGUGGGACAGUGUGUGGUGGUCUUCAGCCAGGCUCCUAGUGGGAGAGCCCCACUCAGCCCCAGUUUGAACUCUCGCCCAUCACCUAUCAGUGCCACUCCUCCAGCUCUCGUUCCUGAAACCCGAGAGUACCGCUCUCAGUCUCCAGUAAGAAGCAUGGAUGAAGCUCCUUGUGUUAACGGCCGCUGGGGAACACUGAGACCCAGGGCUCAAAGGCAGACUCCUUCGGGUUCCCGGGAAGGGAGCCUUUCCCCAGCCAGAGGAGAUGGCUCUCCUAUCCUCAAUGGUGGGAGUUUGUCUCCAGGAACGGCAGCUGUGGGUGGCUCUUCUUUGGACAGUCCUGUACAGGCCAUAUCUCCAAGUACUCCAUCUGCUGCUGAAGGAUAUGACCUAAAAAUGGGACUUUCUUUGGCCCCCCGACGAGGAUCACUACCAGAUCAGAAAGAUCUGAGAUUAGGAUCCAUAGAUCUGAAUUGGGAUCUGAAAUCCGCUUCCAGUAGCAAUCCCAUGGAUGGCAUGGACAAUAGGACAGUUGGAAGUAUGAGACACCCUCCUGAACAGACAAAUGGUGUGCAUACCCCACCUCACGUGGCCAGUGCCCUUGCAGGGGCCGUCUCCCCAGGUGCCCUGCGUCGGAGUCUGGAAGCCAUCAAAGCGAUGUCCUCCAAAGGCCCCUCGGCCUCUGCAGCACUAAGUCCUCCUCUUGGGUCUUCUCCAGGCUCUCCUGGGAGCCAGAGUUUGAGCAGUGGAGAAACAGUGCCCAUCCCUCGCCCAGGGCCUGCCCAAGGAGAUGGACAUUCCUUACCUCCCAUUGCCCGCCGCCUGGGCCACCACCCUCCACAGUCCCUAAAUGUUGGCAAACCCCUAUACCAGAGUAUGAACUGCAAGCCCAUGCAGAUGUACGUGCUAGACAUUAAAGACACUAAGGAGAAGGGGCGGGUCAAAUGGAAAGUAUUUAAUAGCAGUUCUGUGGUCGGACCUCCUGAAACCAGCCUGCAUACCGUGGUACAAGGCAGGGGUGAACUCAUCAUAUUUGGAGGACUCAUGGACAAGAAACAGAAUGUGAAGUACUAUCCAAAAACAAACGCCUUGUACUUUGUACGAGCAAAGAGAUAAUGUGUUCUAAACCCCUUUCCUUUUCUGUGGCUUUUAAUUUGGAAUUUUCCAGUGUGUAAGCAUUUGGACUGAGAAUUGGGAAAACAAAAUUACUCCCAGAAGCCAAAACUCUUUAAUUCCCAACCGAAGUCACUCCAGGCUGGGAUCAAAUCUCCAUUAAGAAAAAAAUUAUAUAUAAGUAUAUAUAUAUAUAUAUUAUAUAGCCAACUCUGUUUACAAAAAAAAGGGAGAGAUCUCCAUCCUGGUUCAGAUAAAAUUGUUGCUGUGUUUUAACAGGGGCUGGGUUGCCUUUUUCUACCUUGCUGGUAACUAGACCAAGAAGUUAGAACAGACUUACAUCAGUAACUUUCCAAAAGAAACUGAAGAGCCCCCUGUAAAUCUUUAUGUGGCCUUCUUGGAGUUAAAAAAUAAAAGGGCAUAUAUAAGUUGCAAAGGUGUAGGUUUUUAGACUCUCAUGCUUCAGGUGCUGUCAGGGUAAAAGUAACUGUUCUUCCCCUUCUCCUCUUAAAACCACAGAGGACCUGUGACAGCUCUGCAGAAAUGCCAGUGCCUGGCCCCCUCCUGCCCUUUAUGGCUGAGGAAAGUUACCCAACAAAGGAUUUUAUUCCACA